GGAAAACAACGUGAGUGGAGACAUUCACACGCCUGUUAAAAUUCGUUCUUAUUCUGGCGACAUUGUGGCUUUUAAGUUAGUGAAGCAGCGCGGCAAACGACAGCGACGUUGCCUGGAAGUUGUAACGGAGCAAGGGACCAGGUGUUAAGCAUGGGACACACAAGUCUGGAAAAGAUCAUUGCUCUGCAGAGAAACCCCGCUAACAUCAGGAACCUGUGCAUUCUGGCACAUGUUGACCACGGCAAAACGACUCUGGCUGAUUGCUUAGUGGCAAGCAAUGGCAUCAUAUCAAAUCGCCUAGCUGGGAAGCUGAGGUAUUUGGACAGUAGGGAGGAUGAACAGAUCCGAGGGAUCACAAUGAAGUCCAGUGCGAUCUCUUUGCUCUAUGCAAUUGGAGAGAAGGAGUACUUGUUAAAUCUGAUUGACUCUCCUGGUCAUGUGGACUUCUCCUCUGAGGUUUCCACUGCAGUCCGCCUGUGUGAUGGAGCCAUUGUCGUCAUCGAUGCCGUGGAGGGAGUCUGUCCACAGACUCAGGUUGUGCUGCGUCAGGCGUGGCUGGAGAACAUCAGACCUGUUCUGGUGGUCAAUAAGAUGGACAGACUGAUCACAGAGCUGAAGCUCACCUCUCAGGAAGCUUACAUCCAUCUACAGAAGAUCCUGGAACAGGUGAAUGCAGUAACAGGAACACUAUUCACAUCAAAAGUGCUGGAGGAGCGAGCAGAGAAAGAAAAGGAGGAGAAGGAGGAGAAAGAGAGCGAAGCCUCAGGGGGAGAUCAGGUUUAUGACUGGAGCGCUGGGCUGGAGGAGACCGACGACUCCCACCUCUACUUUUCUCCUGACCAAGGCAACGUGGUCUUUGCCAGUGCCAUAGACGGAUGGGAUUCAGACUUUAAUUUUGUGUUUUGUAGCAUCCAGCAGUUUGCCCACAUCUACAGCCAGAGGAUGGGCAUUAGAGCAGAGGUGCUGCUCAAAACCCUGUGGGGAGAUUUCUACCUCAAUGCAAAAGCUAAGAAAAUCAUGAAGGGAGCUCAGGCCAAAGGGAAGAAGCCACUGUUUGUGCAGCUUGUGCUAGAUAACAUUUGGAGUUUAUAUGAUGCUGUUGUCACUAGGAGAGACAAGGAGAAGGUGGAGAAGAUGGUGACAUCACUAGGGGUGAAGUUAAUGGCCCGGGACUCUCGCCACUCAGACCCCAAAGUCCUGCUCUCUGCCAUCUGCAGCCAGUGGCUGCCUGUCUCCCAGGCUGUGCUCUCAAUGGUUUGUGAGAAGCUUCCCAGUCCUUUAGACAUGGCAGCAGAGAGGGUGGAGAAGCUGAUGAGUGUUGGAGCGCGGCGGUUUGACUCACUGCCCAAAGAGACGCAGGAGUUGAAGCAAGCUUUCCUCCAGUGCUCAAGUGAAGAAAAUGCACCAGUCAUUGUCUUUGUGUCCAAGAUGUUUGCUGUGGACACCAAGGCCUUGCCUCAGAACAAACAGAGGCCGCUGACUCAGGAGGAGAUUGCUCAGCGCAGGGAGCUAGCCAGGCAGAGACAUGCCGACAGGCUGGCAGCCAAUCAGCAAGCAGAGAACCAGGACGGUCAUACCCACCUAGGAAGUAUGUCACAGGAAACCCAAUCUGUUGGAGACAACACUGCCCAGAUGGAGAGUCUGGCAGUGAAAGAGCCAAAGUUGGAGGAAGACGAGGGGACAAAGGAGACGUUUGUAGCAUUUGCCAGGGUCUACAGCGGUGUGGUCAAGAGAGGACAGAGAAUGUUCGUCCUUGGACCAAAGUUCGACCCCACUCAGGCCCUGAGCAUGUUGUCAGAGGGUUGUAGUGCUUCAGAUGCCUUGCCUGCGGUGCCUCAUCUGUCCUGUUGCUCCAUGGAAAGCCUCUACUUGCUGAUGGGCAGAGAGCUAGAAGGGCUGGAAGAGGUGCCAUCAGGAAACAUCCUGGGUAUUGGAGGUCUGGAGGAGUGUGUGUUGAAAUCAGCCACCCUGUCCACCUCCCCUGCCUGCCCCCCCUUCACCCCACUCAACUUUGAAGCUGCAGCGAUCGUACGGGUGGCCAUCGAACCUAAACAUCCAAGUGAGAUGCCAAAGCUGGUGCAUGGGAUGCGUCUGUUGAACCAGGCUGAUCCCUGUGCUGAGGUUCUCAUCCAGGAGACUGGAGAACAUGUCUUGGUCACUGCUGGUGAGGUUCAUCUACAACGCUGCUUGGACGACCUCCGAGACCGGUUUGCUAAAAUUGAAAUCAGCGCGUCCAAGCCCAUCAUUCCAUUCAGAGAGACUGUAGUGCGUCCUCCUAAGGUGGACAUGGUCAACGAAGAAGUGGGCAAGCAGCAGAAAGUGGCCAUCAUUCACCAGGUGAAAGAGGAGGUAUCUCAGGGUCGUUUAUCUGACACCCUCCAUGUGGACUCCAGUGGUCUGGUCACCCUCACAACUCCCAAUAGACUGGCUACUGUGGCGGUCCGGGCCAUCCCCCUGCCCCAGGAUGUGACCCGUCUGUUGGAGGAUAGUUCAGAGCUGAUUCGGACCCUGGAACAGCUGAAUAUGUCCCUCAGGGAGGGAAGGAGGAUUGACGUGAGUCCCAGGACCCUGGAAGCCAUCACCGAGCUCAAGAGCCAGCUAGAGAGCCUGCUGCAAGGGAGAAAGUGGAGGAACACUGUGGAGCGCAUCUGGGCCUUUGGUCCGCGCAGGUAUGGGCCAAACAUUCUGCUGAACAGCGUGGAAGGCUACCAUCGGCCAUCAGUGUGGCAGUGUCUAGUUAAGGGAGAGAGAUCAGGUGAGGCCCCUGUUGUCAGAGACUUUGACAACAGCAUCGUCAGUGGCUUCCAACUCGCCACUUUGUCAGGGCCAAUGUGUGAGGAACCCCUGAUGGGAGUCUGCUUCUCCGUGGAGCAGUGGGACAUCCAGUCCUCCUCUGAGCCACAGCAUCAGGACUCUGUGGAGGAGGACUCUGCAUCCCAUGAGGCCUCUGGAGAUGGCACAUCCACAGCAGAAGGAACAAGUGAGACGUCUGCCCAGGCGGAGGGCAUCACGGCAGGGCCAAGCCAGGCCAAACGCAGGACGGAGGCUGGCUCUGUGGACUGCUACGGCCCGGUCUCUGGCCAGCUGAUCGCUGCUAUGAAAGAUGCGUGCCGCCAUGCCUUUCAGGCUCAACCCCAGAGACUCAUGGCUGCCAUGUAUACAUGUGAGAUCAUGGCCACUGCUGAGGUGCUGGGCCGAGUGUAUGGCGUGUUGGGGAAGCGAGAGGGCCGCGUCCUCCAUGAAGAAAUGAAGGAAGGGACCGACAUGUUCAUCAUCAAGGCCAUCCUCCCCGUGGCCGAGAGCUUCGGAUUUGCCGACGAGAUCCGCAAGAGGACCAGCGGAUUGGCCAGUCCACAGCUAGUCUUCAGCCACUGGGAGGUGAUCAGCAGCGAUCCCUACUGGGUUCCCACCACAGAGGAAGAAUACCUGCACUUUGGAGAGAAGGCCGACUCCGCCAACCAGGCCCUCAAAUACAUGAACGCUGUCCGACGCCGCAAAGGCCUCUACGUGGAAGAGAAGAUAGUAGAGCACGCUGAGAAGCAGCGGACCCUGAGCAAGAACAAAUAGAGACCAAAAAACACCAGGAAAUACCCCCACUAUCAACUCCUGACAGUGUUUGCCCCCAAGAGACGUUAGCAACAUCCAUUCAUCUCCUCCUGGGCUGCAGACACAGUGUCACUUCAUAUCCAGUGGAUUGUGUUCUUCCAAAGCAUAAUGACGUGAACUCCUGCUUUCCCACAGUAGAUCGUUUGCAGAGUGAUAGAUAUGUCUUGUCCAAGUGCAGGGAUUGAUCCAUGGAUUUGUCACUCGUGGAAGCACUAUAAUUGGAAUUCCAGACACACCUGGUGCAAAGUUGCAGUGUACUCUUUUCUAUCAAAGCUGAGUGAAAGAAAGAAAUCCAUAAAGUAUCUUCCCACAACAUAAAGUUUGCCUUCACAGUUUGUGAAGGCAUUUACUGGCUUUACUCAGUUGGGCUAAAUUGUUAGACUACUAAAACAUCAAUCAUUCUUCCUCUUUAGGUCAUAGCCCAUUUCACACUACCUUAGCCCAAAGCUAAGACCUCAGUGAGCUCACUGUUGGCUAACUGUCUUUUCACUUGCAACUUAGAAUGUGGGAAAACCACACUCUUUGCCCAGGGCUAACUAAACCCCACUCCAGAGCAGGGUUACCUCUAAUGUUUGGGGGUACCCCCAAAAGUCAGGGUUGAGGUCUGUAGUGCGAAUCAAGGUUAUAGGAUAAAAGCAAUGGAAUACUUUUUAAAGGCAACAGAAUGUUUGUUGUCCUGUCAGAACUUUGCUACAGGUGUUCUGAGGACAUCAGCUCUGGACUCUGAUUGUCAAGUGUGAUUCCUUAACCCAGGACUAACAGUUAGGCCUGGGUUAAUAACUACCAGUGUGAACCUAGGCUGCACUUAGCCCAGGGCUUAGUUAGCCCAGGGCUAAGGAACCCAAGUGUGAAAAGGGCUGGGACAUUUUGAAUACAUUCUUUUAAAAGUGCUCCAAUUUCACAUUUCCUUGACUGGAAGUCUUAUAUCUCAUAUCAACAUUUCAUCACUUUUAAUGGGAUUUCAGGAUGGCGCACAGUGUGAAUACCUGUGUUACUAGUGGAGUUAACACAUUUAAUUCCAUUCCUGUAGUUUAAAAAAAAAAAAAAAAAAAAUUGCUAGUCAUCCUUCCAUCAUUUAAUAGAAGAGUACAGAGGGUGCACCAUUCAGAAAACAUUGCAAAAUUCUUAAAAUAAAAAACACAUUGCACUGAUAGUGAUAGAAAUAUUGAUUUGCAUAGAUGUUAGUCCACAUGAACCCUCAACUGAUGUAUUUGAACUGGUUUUUUAGAACAAAAAAAGCACAGAAAAAUCACGGCUGGGCGGGUCUUUUUCCUAUAAGAUGUCUGGUUAUUCGAUGGUCUGUUUCUCUGCUCAUCAUCGUCACAUCACACUAGUGUCUACAGUGUUACUUGUCACACUCUCAGAAAGACUGCAGAUAGCCUCAUCCGUUGUCACGCCCAUCCCUGUGUGGAGCCAGUUGAUAGCCCCAGCCCUGUGUGUCCGUUGACUGCUAAUGGCUGCCACACUGGUCCUCUGAGAGCGGCGGUAAUGCCACGGAUCGGAUGGGCCGGUCUCGCAUCACAGAGUCAGUUACAGUCAUGCAUAAUUGAAGAGCCCUUUCUUCCUGGUAAAAUCCUGCAGUUUCGCUUUAGUCAAGUGACUCGAAUUAAUUCCACAGCAACCCCUCGCUGUUUGCCUCCUCGUUUUUUUUGUUGUUGUUGUUUUUUUUUUUUAAUUUCAUUACACAGACCCUGAAGACGGCAUUUUAAUUUGGAAAACACAAAUAUGAUGGAAAUUGGGGAAUGAGAAGCGUUUUAAUUAUUAGGGAGGGCGGGUCCCACUGGUGAGCUCUCACCUAGCAGCCUGAUCUGCCAUGGAUUGGACAAAUCUCAUUUUACAGAGUUUGAUAUGGAGCAAUAAAUGAACCCAAAUGGA